AGUGAGCCGCGCGCCGCCGCCGAGUACGUCCCUGUCACACACACACACACACACACGCACGCACACACACACACGCGCAGCAUGAAGACCGACAGUGAGGAUGUGGAGAAGACCCGGGAGAAGCGGCAGGUCAGCUUCGAGGAGGCGUUCGACCUGACAGAGUCGGGGUGGUGCAACCGGCUGGCGCUGGCGGGCUGCGGGCUGGCGCUGCUGCACGCGACGCUCGAGUCGCUGGGCGCCGGCUACGUGCUGCCCGCCGCCGCCUGCGACCUGCAGCUCGACACCAAACAGAAGGGCUACGUCAGCGCCGCCGCCUUCCUCGGUAUAAUGUCGACGUCGCUGGUGUGGGGGCUGCUGGGGGACCGGCUGGGGCGGCGCGCGGUGACCGUGCCCGCGCUGCUGCUGGCCGCCGCCUGCUCGCUCGCCUCCUCCGCCGCCUCCAGCGUGUGGGUGCUGGUGCCGCUGCGCUUCCUCACCGGCUGCUUCGUGUCGGGGUCGAGCGCGACGGUGUACGCGUACCUGUCGGAGAUGUCCCCCCGCGCGCGCCGCGCCGCCGCCCUGGCGCACGCCUCCUCCGCCAUCUCCAUCGCCUUUAUCCUGCUGCCGGGCAUGGCGUGGCUGAUCCUGCCGCUGCGCUCGGUGUCGCUGUGGGGGCGCGAGGUGGCGGCGUGGCGCGUGCUGAUGUGGGUGUGGGGGCUGACGGGCGCGGCGGCGGGCGCGCUGCUGGCGCUGCUGCCCGAGUCCCCGCGGCUGCUGUUGGCGCGCGGCGGGCCCCGCGCCGCGCUGCCCGCGCUGCAGACCAUCUACGCGUGGAACACUGGCAACAAACGAGAGGAUUACCCGGUGUCGGAGAUCGUGGCGCCGGCGGAGGCGGGUGGCGGCGGCGUGGCGGGCGCGCUGCGCUCAGCCGGGCUGCUGUUCCGCCCGCCGCUGCUGCGCUGCGUCGUCAUCUCGCACGUCAGCAUGUUCGCCGUCUUCCUGCUGUCGAGCGGGCUGUACGUGUGGGUGCCGGACAUCCUGAACUCGGUGCUUCAGGACGGCGGCGGCGGCGGCUCCAUCUGCCAGAUCAUACACAACAAGUUCGUGGCCACCAACAACGCGACGCUGGCGGGCGAGGCGGUGUGCGUGUCGGAGGUGGCGACGGGCGUGUUCCCGGUGUCGAUGGCGAUGGGCGCGGUGUUCGGCGUCACGUACCUCGCCAUCGGCUUCCUCAUCGACCGCGUGGGCCGCGUCACGCUCUACUUCGUGAUCAUGGUGGUAUGCGGAGUGGCGACGGGCGGCGCGGGGGCGGCGGCGGCGCGCGGGGGGGCGGCGCUGCUGGUGCUGGCGCUGUGCUCGGGCUGCGCCGCCUCCAUCCUCGCCGCCAUCGCCGUCGACGUCUUCCCCACCUCUAUGCGGGCCAUGGCGGUGUGCAUCCUGUACACGAUGGGGCGCGCGGGCGCGGCGCUGGGCUCGCAGGCGCUGGCGCUCACGCUGGACGCGCACUGCCAGCCCGCCUUCACCACCAUCGCCGUGUUCGUGGCAGGUUCUGCAUUGCUGAUACUCCUGUGGCCGAAACCUGAAGAAGUCAGAAAAGAAAUGGAAAAGAAAGGCUUUAGUUACUAGGAGCAGUACCUAUACUUUAUAUCUAGAUAUAGAUAGCUUAAUUUUGUUGUUAAAAGUAAUACUUUAAUAUGAUAAUAUUGUAUUGAGACUGAUUGUUACUUGAGGCCAGGACAGUUCCUACGCGCAUUUACUACGAUGUCUGAUCACCAGUGAAGUGAAGGGCGAAUUGCUAUAGACGUAGUUCGCGAAUUAUUCUUAUAAGAAUAUAAACAUAGCAUGUUAGCAACAUUCAACCUACUAACCUAUACAAUAGGUACAGUGCCCAUACAAGGUACACGAUUAUAUCGAUGUGCCUGCAUAUUUUAUACAUUUACUUCCACUAAAAAUAAUUAAUUAUGAGUAAAUUGUGUGUGUGUGUGUCUAUUGUAGCGGUGCUAUUAAAUGAUGUUGUAAUAUACACACGGAAUUGUGAACAAUGGUUGUGUAUAGUAGAGGUGUAUUAAUUAUUAUAGGUAUCAGCAAAUCCAAAGUACAAACUUGGUACCAUCUUUUAAGUUAGAUCCAUAUUUCGGUAGAUGGUACCAGAAAUCACAAUAAGUGCCUAUGUAGUUAGAUAAAUAAAGAAACCAAUUUCGUUGGUUUAAUUUUAUAGCUUGAUGUGAAAUUUAUUCAAAUAAUUAUAUUUUAUGAAAAAAACUAGACUA